GAGGUUUCUGGCCACCUGGUGCCCGCAGCCCACCUGGUGCCCACAGCCCACCUGGUGCCCACAGCCCACCUGGUGCCCACAGCCCACCUGGUGCCCACAGCCCACCUGGUGCCCGCAGCCCACCUGGUGCCCGCAGCCCACCUGGUGCCCGCAGCCCACCUGGUGCCCGCAGCCCACCUGGUGCCCACAGCCCACCUGGUGCCCGCCGCCCACCUGGUGCCCGCACACCACCUGGUGCCCGCAGCCCACCUGGUGCCCGCACACCGCCUGGUGCCCGCAGCCCACCUGGUGCCCACAGCCCACCUGGUGCCCACAGCCCACCUGGUGCCCACAGCCCACCUGGUGCCCCCAGCCCACCUGGUGCCCACAGCCCACCUGGUGCCCGCAGCCCACCUGGUGCCCGCAGCCCACCUGGUGCCCGCAACCCACCUGGUGCCCGCACACCACCUGGUGCCCGCACACCACCUGGUGCCCGCAGCCCACCUGGUGCCCACAGCCCACCUGGUGCCCGCAGCCCACCUGGUGCCCGCAGCCCACCUGGUGCCCGCAGCCCACCUAGUGCCCGCACACCACCUGGUGCCCGCAGCCCACCUGGUGCCCGCACACCACCUGGUGCCCGCAGCCCACCUGGUGCCCACAGCCCACCUGGUGCCCGCACACCACCUGGUGCCCGCACACCACCUGGUGCCCGCACACCACCUGGUGCCCGCACACCACCUGGUGCCCGCACACCACCUGGUGCCCGCAGCCCACCUGGUGCCCGCAGCCCACCUGGUGCCCGCACACCACCUGGUGCCCGCACACCACCUGGUGCCCACAGCCCACCUGGUGCCCGCACACCACCUGGUGCCCGCAGCCCACCUGGUGCCCGCACACCACCUGGUGCCCGCAGCCCACCUGGUGCCCGCAGCCCACCUGGUGCCCACAGCCCACCUGGUGCCCACAGCCCACCUGGUGCCCGCAGCCCACCUGGUGCCCGCAGCCCACCUGGUGCCCGCAGCCCACCUGGUGCCCACAGCCCACCUGGUGCCCACAGCCCACCUGGUGCCCGCAGCCCACCUGGUGCCCGCAGCCCACCUGGUGCCCGCAGCCCACCUGGUGCCUGCAGCCCACCUGGUGCCCGCACACCACCUGGUGCCCGCACACCACCUGGUGCCCACAGCCCACCUGGUGCCCGCAGCCCACCUGGUGCCCGCAACCCACCUGGUGCCCGCACACCACCUGGUGCCCGCAGCCCACCUGGUGCCCGCAGCCCACCUGGUGCCCGCACACCACCUGGUGCCCGCACACCACCUGGUGCCCACAGCCCACCUGGUGCCCGCACACCACCUGGUGCCCGCAGCCCACCUGGUGCCCGCACACCACCUGGUGCCCGCAGCCCACCUGGUGCCCGCAGCCCACCUGGUGCCCGCACACCACCUGGUGCCCGCAGCCCACCUGGUGCCCGCAGCCCACCUGGUGCCCGCAGCCCACCUGGUGCCCGCACACCACCUGGUGCCCGAAGCCCACCUGGUGCCCGCAGCCCACCUGGUGCCCACAGCCCACCUGGUGCCCGCAGCCCACCUGGUGCCCGCACACCACCUGGUGCCCGCACACCACCUGGUGCCCGCAGCCCACCUGGUGCCCACAGCCCACCUGGUGCCCGCAGCCCACCUGGUGCCCACAGCCCACCUGGUGCCCGCAGCCCACCUGGUGCCCGCAGCCCACCUGGUGCCCGCAGUACCUGUGGACCUUGAUGCAGUAAACUCAUUUGAGUGGUGUAGACUAACAUGA